AUCUACGGAAAUUACUGGCUCUGUCUAUCAGUAAAUUAUAUGCACAGCCAUCUUGUUCGCUAAUUUACAUGCUCUGUGCAACUCAACUAGUGCGGUGCUAACGAUUUCAGCUUCUCCGAUGGUUUUACCAUAUGGAAAUCCACCCAAUAACAAUAUGUAAUCCUUCUUCCCUUCUCCAGGUGAUGAAUCUACUCCUAAUUCGGCAGAUGCAUUUACAGCAGUCCCAAGCGCAGGCCAGUUUGUUGGCAAACAUUGAAGAACUGACGUGCAAGUCCAUUUUUAUUCGGUAUUCUUGAGAAUGUUCAUCUUGUAUCAAUACUUCUUUUGGAUAACACGUUGAUACGUUUUAUUAAUAAACAUAGAUAACAUCUAACCGAUGUCAUACGAGACCAGAGUUUCUUCACAACAACAGGGGGUAGUGCCAACUUGUAUAAUUGUAAUUCUCACAACAUUUGCAAACUCGUUGACCAAUGUUUGACUUUGGAAGGGCGGGCAGAAGAGCUUUCUUUCUUGCAAACAGCUCCAAAAAGAUCCCACAUUUGCAACCAGUUUGUUCGCUCAGCGGGAAUCCAAAGCCACGAAAAUCCCCCGGGAACGAAAGAAUGAUGAAUGAAUGAAGAUUUCAAAAUCGAGUUUUUGUCGCAUCCGCAGGCACCAAUAUUCGGUCGCAGUUAACAACCUCAACCUUGCAACCUGGUUCAACAAAUACGUCGACAAAGACGAUGUCGCUUCCUGGAACUCCGUCAUUGCCGACUUGGCCCGGAGCGGCGACUCCCUCGAAGCCCUCCGGGCAUUUUCGUCCAUGCGAAAGCUUUCCCUCAGACCAAACCGCUCCUCCUUCCCCUGCGCCAUCAAAUCCUGCUCGGCUUUGCUGGACCUUCACUCCGGCAAGCAAGCUCACCAGCAGGCGUUGGUCUUCGGCUUUGAGUCCGAUCUCUUUGUCUCCUCUGCACUCAUCGAUAUGUACUCCAGAUGUGGUCGAUUGACGGAUGCAUGGAAACUGUUCGAUACAAUUCCUCACAGGAACGUGGUUACUUGGACGUCAAUGAUCACCGGGUGCGUCCAGAACGACGAUGCCUGCCAAGCCUUGGCUCUCUUUAAAGAGUUGUUGAUUGAGGAAAUUGACAAUGAGGAUGUUUCUUUAGAUCCUGUUGUACUGGUUUCUGUUCUGUCGGCUUGUUCUCGCGUGUCAAGUAAGGGACUUGCUCAAAGUGUUCAUGGGUUGGUGGUGAAGAGAGGCUUUGAUGGGGAUUUAUGGGUUGGGAAUACUUUGAUGGAUGCAUAUGCCAAAUGUGGCGAGCUCGGUCUUGUUAGAAAGGUGUUUGAUGGAAUGUCUCAAAAGGAUUUGGUUUCUUGGAACUCCAUGAUUGCAACUUAUGCACAGAGUGGAUUAUCUUCUGAGGCAUGGCAAGUCUUCUACGGGAUGGCAAGGGAUGGUGACGUCCACUACAAUGCGGUGACGUUGUCCACUUUGUUAUUAGCUUGUGCACAUGCUGGGCCUCUGCUAGUUGGGAAGUCUAUACAUGAUCAGGUUCUGAAAAAGGGCUUGGAAGAGAAUGUGAUAGUGUCUACCUCUAUUAUCGACAUGUACUGCAAACGUGGGAGAGUUGACUUGGCAAGGAAGGCAUUUGAUUGCAUGAAGGAGAAGAAUGUCAGGACAUGGACUGCCAUGGUUGCAGGUUAUGGAAUGCAUGGCCAUGCCAAAGAAGCGUUGGAGGUCUUCUAUAAGAUGAUAAGAGAUGGUGUGACACCAAAUUACAUAACAUUUGUGUCACUUCUAAAUGCUUGCAGCCAUGCUGGUCUAUUAGAACAGGGUUGGUAUUGGUUUAAUGCCAUGAGCCGCAAAUUCGGUGUAGAACCUGGAAUUGAGCACUACGGGUGCAUGGUUGAUCUUCUUGGACGUUCUGGUGAUCUUAACAAGGCUUAUGAUUUAAUAAAGGGAAUGAGGAUCAUGCCAGAUUGUGUUGUCUGGGGUUCGUUUCUUGGGGCUUGCAGGGUACACAAAAAUGUGACAUUUGCAGAGAUUUCUGCAAGAAAACUAUUUGAGCUUGACCCUCAUAAUUGUGGGUACUACAUCUUGCUUUCAAAUAUAUAUGCCGAUGCUGGGAGAUGGGAAGAUGUUGAGAGGAUGAGAGUACUCAUGAAGAAUCGUGGGUUGGUAAAACCUCCUGGAUUCAGUUUGGUUGAACUGAGAGGUAUUGUGCAUUUAUUUUUAGUUGGAGACAGAGAGCAUCCUCAGCAUGAGAAGAUUUACGAGUAUUUGGAAAAACUGACAAUCAAGCUGCAAGAGGUUGGCUAUGCACCCAAUAUCAGUUCAGUUCUUCAUGACGUUGAUGAGGAAGAGAAGGAAAUGGUCCUAAGAGUACAUAGUGAGAAGCUGGCCGUUGCCUUUGGAAUCAUGAAUUCUGUAUCUGGUGCGACGAUUCAGAUAAUCAAGAAUCUUCGAGUUUGUGCCAAUUGUCAUACUGUUAUUAAGUUGAUUACGAAGGUUGUUGAUCGGGAAAUUGUGGUCAGAGAUUCAAAGCGGUUUCAUCACUUCAGGAAUGGGUUGUGUUCUUGUGGAGAUUAUUGGUGAUGGCCCUGUAAGAAGAUGGCGGUUGCUAGGCAAAUUUGGCUCGAUAAACAGCCUCAUUGAUAAGGUGUAGAAUAGAUAGCACGUAAUGGCUCUCUAGGAAUGUUGUGACUACUAUUCAUAUAAUCAGUUUUGGUGAAACUGAAUGCCACUUCUGAUAAGAUUGUUUCUGAUCAACAGAAGACUGAGUAAAUUAUAGAUCAGCCUUGAUAA